AUGUUUGUAUCACCCUCGCCGCUUCCCAAGGCCGAGGCCGCGAAGGAGCGGUUGGUCUGGUACUUGGCUUAUGGAUCGAACCUUUCGGCCAAAACCUUCCGUGAAGAUCGCGGUAUGACACCGCAGGCGGCUGUUGCCGUUAAGGUAGCUGGUUGGCGGCUGGCCAUGUCCAGCGCAGGAUUCCCAUACCGGGAGCCGUGCUACGCCUCGAUCACCGAAUACAAGCCGGCAACGGAAAAGACUGGCGUCGACGACGACGACGUCCUCUGUGGGACAGCAUAUCUGAUAUCGUGGGCUCAAUGGAUUGAGAUCAUCGGUUCAGAAGGGGGCGGAAUUGCCUACGACGAGGCUCUGGUGGCCGCGCAGCCAGUCCAUCCAGCCAACCGGGAGCGCUGGGGCAAUGAAAUACGUGUCUUGACGCUGGUCAGUACCUUGGAACGCUGGCCGGAAGCUCGACCCACAGAACGAUAUCUUGGUCUUAUUCUUGACGGGGCCCAGGCCGCGAAUUUUCCACCUUCCUACAUUGAGCGUAUUCGCCAAAAGUAUCCCUGCUAUGAGCCGCCCUCGACAACGUGGGAGCGCAUGGGGGCAGCUAUUUUCCUGGCCUUCUGGACUCCGAUAAUGGCUCUGCUCAGCAGUCUCACCCACUCCACUGCGCGCACCGGGCCGGGCAAAGACGGCCACGUUCCUCCAGCAGUGCGGGCCCUGGUCCGCUUUGCCAUGUUUGCUAUGUGGUGGCUCCAUGAUACGAUAUGGGCAGGCAUCUGGGGGCGGGGAGACGGCUUAGAUCAGUGA